GUCUAAGCCCGGCGACUUGGGCAAAACAUUCACCAACUCGGCCAGUUUCGAUCUUCAUUCGUAGAGGUUGCCGGAGAUUCUCUCGGACUGUUCGCUCGUGACCGAAGAUCCGUUCACAGACUCCGUCAUGAUCAGUAUACUUUCUCAGGAGCGUCUGCUCGGAGCUGCAUUGGGGAGCGCAGUCACGGCGGUGGUGGUAUUUGAGCAACGCCGGAGUAUUUACAAGACCAUCUACGACACUCAAUCUCAACUUUUUCCUCAUUCUCAGAGACAAAAACCUAUUUCUGUGAAGGAGCCCCGUGUUGAGGUUGCACACCUGUGGAAUAAAGCAGUGGAUCAGGUUAUGGGAUCUGUCAUCAAGUCUGUUAGCUCACGUGGAUGGUAGAAGUCAUUGUGCAGUGCUUGAGCUGUUCUACAAACUUAUUACUCUCACCAAUGGCUUCCUUGAGAUUUAGCCUUUUGUUGUUCUAUCGUGACUGCAAGGAAACCAGCCUUUGUUUUGCUGCAACAGUACAGCCAAUCGUUAGGUUACUUGUCUUGUUAUCAUUAAUUUGGAUUCAUGCUCUUAAGAAACUCAACUCUUUUUUUGUGUUGAUAUUUGAAGCUGUUGUUGAAACUUAAAAGUUGAACUUUGUUCUAAAAAUUUCCUUCUCUGCAUGGAAGUGAAUAAGAGGGGAAGUUGUACUUUGAGUCAAUGGGGGAGGGGAAGCUGAUAUAGGGCUCCUCGAACCAAGUCGGGUUAGGAGGCUUUAC